GUCCAAAAUGGCCAUGUUUUUCUCUGUUGGGAACUUCCUGCCCAACUUUCUCUGCAGACUCUUCAUAAAUCCGUGGCUAUAUUCAUAGGCUACCUUUCCCCCACGUCAUGAAUAGUGCCUGUUUUCUGAGUUAAUUUUUUCAUAAGGUAAAGUGGAUAGAGCUAAGUUUUAUUGUGCAUACCAAACAUUAAUAUAUAUAAUUAUUUUCCUUCUAAAAUUUAUUAAUAAGAUUUAUUUGUAAAUAGAUCUAGAGUCAGAAAAAAUAUGCAACUUAACAAGGAUAAACUUAUUCAUGCUUCUUCAUUGCUUUCAUGGUUUCUCUGUCUAUUUAAUUAGAUACAUGUUGGUAGACUUGGGGUCUCCUGACUUUUAGGUUUAAUUUUUCAGAAGUUAAUUUUUUUCAGAGGGUACUUGCUAUUAUGAUAUUUUUUGAAAGAGUAUUGUAGUUUCCUUAUAAAUAAGAAUUAAAAAUAUCACAAAUUUAUCUUUAAGUUCUCUGUAUAGUGCCUCAUGAAUAUAUACUGUCAUGCAUGGGAAUGCUAACCUAUAUGGACUCAACAUUAAUCCUGAAUGUAUAUUUUAUAAUUAUGAGUUUUUUGUAAGCUGGAAAUUAGCAUACAUUAUUUAUCUCAUUUAUCACAAGAUACUCAAUGAAUAAGUUUAUAUUCUAUAAAACCAAGGUUGAGAUGUUAGGCUACUUGCUAAAAGCUACACUGUUAUUUAAGUUUUAAUUCUAGGUCAGAGCCAGUGCCCUCUCCUUGAUACUAGGGCAGUUUUAAAAUAAGUGCCACUAGUUGAGCUGUUUGACUAUUUGGAAUGGAGUUGGUGUUUUCAGACUACUGUUCUAUAUUGGGAUAAGGAAGUUAGCAAGUAGUAUUUUCUGUUAUUAUACAGAGCAAAUUGUAGGCAUUGAUGUUCUAUGCAUCUGCUCAUCUACAUAUAUCUACUUUUUGCCAAGAAUCCUUUCCUCUUGAAGAGGUAAUAGAGGGCAACUUGGUCUUUCUCAGAAAAGUGGCCUGUCUCACCUUCCAGUUGAAGAAUGAGGAUAUGUGGUGAUAGAUUCCUUCUCUGAGAAGACUGACACCUGGUUAACUCAGGAUUUUCUGCAAAGCAAAGGGUGGUUGUACCUCUGGAGACAGUUGUGCAGAAUUGUAUAGCAGAGGCUGAUUAUGGUUAGUGAUGUGGAUGUUGGCUGUGCAUAUCUGUACCCAGGACUUCAAAGUGUUAAAUUAAGUGUUUCCAGAGAAAGAUAAAAUCUAUGUGAAGAUAAAGAAGGAAUUGAGAAGGUAUUUUUAAGUGGAAAGAGGAGAACAUUAUAGUUAGAAGGAUAGUUUAAAAACCUUUGAAAAAUUUAAGAGGGCACUCUCUUUUAUUCAGUUUUUAAUCCAUGGUUUAAUGUAUUAGAGCAGUAUAGUAUUACCUAUACUGCUUUGGUGUCACAGUUCUUGUCUAAUUGGUAUGUAUAUUAUCUUCCCAGUUAAGGCUGUGAGCAUUUGAGGGUAAGAUCACAAAUUCAUUUAUCAUUUUUGCCUAGAGAAUUUCAUAUGCAGAUUCAAGUAAUCUCCUUAUUCUGUGGUUAAGGAUCUGUAAAUUAAUCCAAGAUUACAGUGGUCUGUGCUGAGAAGCUCUUCAGGAAAUAUUUUAGAAACUUGUACCAUGUUAUUUAAAACAGAAUUUAAGCUUUUCUACUUAUUAUUGCAGUUAACAUGGGUAUGCGCAUAUCAUUUUGAGUAAGUUCUAGAGUGCUGACUUUUUUUUUUUUUUUGCCUGUAAUGGGAACUACGUGAAGUUAUAUCAACAAAAGUUAAUGGUCAGAGGAAUUACAAUGGUAUCAAGUGCUAUUUAGAGUAUUUAGUUUUAGAAGAAAAUUACAGUUCUGAGAAAACAUAACCCUUUCAUUUUAUGUCCUUUUUCCCUCAGUUCCAUUUUAGUUGCUGUUUGAAAUCAUUUUAGAGAAGAACUUUGAAAGAAAUGUUGGAAACCAUAGAUAAAAAUUGGGCCCUGAAGGCAGCAGAGCGCUUGCAAGCCAAGCUACGAGAACGUGGGGAUGUAUCAAAUGAAGACAAACUCAGCCUUCUAAAGUCAGUCCUGCAGAGCCCACUCUUCAGUCAGAUUCUGAACCUUCAGACUUCUGUACAGCAGCUGAGAGACAAGGUUAGCAUUGCAACUUCAACAACUUCAAGUGUUGAAUAUGCCCACAUUCCUCACCUCAGUUCUGCUACAAUUCCUACUGUACAAAAUGAAUCACUUUUAUUAACUUAAAAUAAUGGGAAUCUGGAAGCCCUCACUGGACCUGGUACUCCACAUAUCAAUGGGAAGUCUGUAUGUGAUGAAUUUGAUCAGUUGAUCAAAAACAUGGCCCAGGGUCGACAUGUGGAAGUUUUUGAGCUCCUCAAACCUCCAUAUGGAGGCCUUGGGUUUAGUGUUGUGGGACUCAGGAGUGAAAACAGGGGUGAGCUGGGGAUAUUUGUGCAAGAGAUACAAGAGGGCAGUGUGGCUCACAGAGACGGAAGACUGAAGGAAACUGAUCAGAUCCUUGCUAUCAAUGGACAGGCACUUGAUCAGACCAUCACACAUCAGCAGGCUAUCAGCAUCCUGCAGAAGGCCAAAGAUGCUGUCCAGCUAGUUAUAGCCAGAGGCUCCUUACCUCAGCUUAUCAGCCCCAGAGUUUCCCGUUCUCCAUCUGCAGCCAGUACAAUUUCAGCUCACUUGAAUCCCGUUCAUUGGCAGCAUGUAGAAACAAUUGAACUGGUGAAUGAUGGGUCUGGUUUGGGAUUUGGCAUCAUCAGAGGAAAAGCAACGGGUGUGAUAGUCAAAACCAUUCUGCCUGGAGGAGUAGCUGAUCAGCAUGGGCGAUUAUGCAGUGGAGACCACAUUCUAAAGAUUGGUGAUACAGAUUUGGCAGGAAUGAGCAGUGAGAAAGUAGCACAAGUCCUUAGGCAGUGUGGAAACAGAGUUAAGUUAAUGAUUACAAGAGGUGCCAUAGUAGAAACUACAGCACCCGCCUCUUUGGGCAUCACCCUCUCCUCUUCCCCAACAUCUGCGCCAGAGAUGCCGGUUGAUGCUUCUACUCAGAAAAAUGAAGAAAGUGAGACAUUUGAUGUGGAACUCACUAAAAAUGUCCAAGGAUUAGGAAUUACCAUUGCUGGUUAUAUUGGAGAUAAAAAAUUAGAACCUUCGGGAAUCUUUGUAAAAAGCAUCACAAAAAGCAGUGUUGUUGAACAUGAUGGAAGAAUUCAAAUUGGAGACCAAAUUAUAGCAGUAGAUGGCACCAACCUCCAGGGUUUCACCAAUCAACAAGCAGUAGAGGUGUUGCGACACACAGGUCAGACUGUGCGCCUGACUCUAAUGAGGAGAGGAACCAAGCAGGAAGGGGAGCUCAUAUCAAGGGAGGAAAUCAUGAAAGAUUCUGACAUGUCUCUCUUUAAUGCCAGUGUAAGCAAAGAAAAUUAUGAAAAAGAUGAAGAUUCUUUAUCUUUGAGGAGAAACACCAGCAUAUUACCAAUUGAAGAAGAAGGGUAUCAGUUGAUAUCAGCUGAGGCACAGGAAACAAAAGAUAUGCAACAAGAAGCUACCCUGCUGACAAAGUGGCAGAGGAUUAUGGGAAUUAACUAUGAAAUAGUGGUGGCCCACAUGAGCAAGUUUAGUGAGAAUAGUGGGUUGGGAAUAAGCCUGGAAGCAACAGUGGGACAUCAUUUUAUCCGAUCAGUUCUACCAGAAGGUCCUGUUGGACACAGUGGGAAACUCUUCAGUGGUGAUGAGCUAUUGGAAGUGAAUGGUAUAACUUUGCUUGGGGAGAAUCACCAAGAUGUGGUCAAUGUUUUAAAAGAAUUGCCUAUAGAAGUGACAAUGGUGUGCUGUCGUCGUACUGUGCCACCCACCUCCCAGUCAUAAUUGGAUAGCCUGGACCUAAGUGAUAUUGAACUAACAGAAAAGCUUUUGCCUGAAGAAGGUUAUGUUUCUGCUAAGGAGGAUUCCUUUCUGUACCCGCCACAUUCCUGCGAGGAGCAAGGGCUGGCUGACAAAGCCCUCUUCAGGGCUGACUUGGCUCUGGUGGACACACAUGGUGCUGAAUUGGUAGAUGAAUCCACAUUUCAGUCUCAGUACUCUCCUGAUAAUGACAGUGUCUACUCUACCCAAGCCUCUGUUUUAUCUCUUCAUGGCAGUGCUUGCAGUGAUGGUCUGAACUAUGGUUCCUCUCUGCCAUCAUCUCCUCCCAAGGAUAUAACUGAAAAUUCUUCUGAUCCAGUAAUUGAUCUGCAUAUGUCUUUGGAAGAACUAUAUGCCCAGAAUCUCCUCCAAAGACAGGAUGAGAAUUCAUCUUCAGUAGACUUGAGCUUGGGGCCUCCUUCUGGCUUUAACACAAGUGAUUAUACACCUGCAAAUUCUAGACAACAAUAUGAAUGUGAAAACACAAUAUCUUGGACUGAAUCUCACUUACCAAGUGAAGUUGUAACAAGAACAGAACUUACUUCUCCUGUGCUGUCUGAUUCAACUGGAAAGGGCUCUGAGUACUUAAUUGAACAGAGCUCCCUGGCCUCCAAUGCGGAAUAUAUCAUGCUACAAAAUUCAUCCAAAGAAUCUUUUGAAAGGACUAUUACUAUAGCAAAAGGCAAUUCUAGUCUCGGUAAGUUCCGCAUUUACCCAUACAUCCCUACUCUUCCAACCCCCUUGACAAAGGGAAAUAUUGAGCAUGGUAGGUUUCAACAUUUUUUGUUGUUGUUGUUGCUGUAAAUAAGAAAAUAUAUGUUAGGAAAUGUCUUAUAAUUUUAUGUGUUUUCUUUUUAUGUACUCAUUAUUUUUUCUUAAAUGGUUAACAGGUUUGUUUAUUUCAUACUAGCUUAAAUCUCUCAUUUACUUAAUUAAUUCAGAGUAUUCAAAAGCUUCAUUUACAUUCAAGUAAAAAAUAUAUGAAUUGUUUGUGUAUGAAACAGCAAAUCAGAAAAGGAAUUCUUAGAAAAUGAAAAGUCAGCAAUUUGGAAUUCUAAAUUCUUUGGAAAAGGAAAUUAUUAGUCUCUUUGAGUGUUACCAGUUACACAUAAGUCAUUUUGUAUUUAAUUUCUUUCAUUCACUGAAAUUAAGACUAAAGACAGGCAGGUGUACCACUACCAAAAUAUAAAUGCAAAUUAUUCAAUAAUACCUUCCAGGUGGCAGGAUUUUUAAGUCCUCUGUUACCCAUAAAUUGUUUCGGUGAGUUAAUGAUCACAUACCCUCUGAAUUGAGCAAAGAAGACUUCCUGUGGAAAUAAAUCCCAAUUACAGUAGCUAAAAUUGAGUCUGUACAGAACACAUUUGUUCUCUUACUGAGUGAAGCAGUCAUGUGACUUAGCCCUGUUCCUGUUGAUUCAUCUUGAUAAACAGAAUGAUAGAUUAGUUGCCCUGAAUGUCCAAAUGUCCAAGACUCCAGUUAUUUCAUUAAAAACCCUGUUUCUUUUAUAAAGUACCAACACUCCUUACAUUAGUAUCUUAUGGC